GAAUCAAUUCCCUGCUUCAAUAUGAAAUUUUGCCAGGACCUGGAUAUGAGACUUUUCAAAUAAACUCAAAGACUGGAGAGAUUACAACAGUCAUUGCCCUUGACAGGGAGACUCAAGAGUUCUUCACUAUUAAAGUGCUGGUCCAAGACAGUGGAACUCCCAUUUUAUCCAGUAUAGCAUCUGUCAUCUUUAGAGUACUGGAUGAAAAUGACCAUACACCCAAGUUUCUUCUUCCAAAUUAUGAAAUUCAAAUUAUGGAAAACCAAGAGCCUUCAACUAUCAUGACUGUGCUGGCUGUGGAUAAAGAUGCUUUUGAUAAUGGAAAAGUGCAGUACCAAAUAAUUGGUAAGGUGAAAUGUUUUAUCAUGUCAGUUAUAAUUAAAAAAAAUUCUGAUGUUACCCAGCCAAUCUUUGAAAGUUUCACAUUUCCUUUACUGUUUUAGUAUUUUAAUUCUUCAGUACAUUAAACUAAUUUAUAUAGAACUUAUGCCCUUCUAUGGCUAAAUCAUUAUAUUCUAUAAGCCUAGAAAAAGG